UUCACACACAGAGUAGUGUGUUUUUUAUUCACACGCAGAGUAGCGUGCUUCUUGUUAGCCAUAAGCUGAAUAGUGCGCUUCGGAUUCACACGCAGAGUAGUAUUUUUUUCCCUCUCUCAUGCAGAGCAAUGUGUUUUUCUGAAUUGUCUGAUUCUUUAUUCACAGUCAAAAUUCAGUGUUCCUUCUACAUACUCUGAGUUGUAAUUUGGGUUGAAAAUCACCUUGAGAAUUAUAGGUAUUUUCUAGCAGGCCUGUAAGUAUGUAGCAAGAUGCCCUCAACUGGUAAUUAGUCAAUUGCCUUGGUACAUGUAUGUUAAAGGUUUUAUACAAGAUGAUACCUUUAAAUACUUUGAGGUACAUAGUAUAAAAGGGCACCAUCAUGAUUUUUGCCCUAAGUGAUGUACUAGAAUUGUACAAGGCGCAGAUGAAAAUAUAUGAUUGUAUUUAUUCAUAUCAUAAUAGUUCGAUGUCUUGUAGGCACAAAACAUGCCACGACGUAAGAGAGGGCCAGACUCAAUGGACACUGAACUUGGAAGACCAGCCUAGUACAUCGAAGAAGUCUGGGACAAGUUCAAAGCGACCGAAAACGGUUGAUACUGAGAGCAUUGAUUAUGCCAGACUCACACAAGAAAUAUGUAAAAUACAACAGGCAUCCUCCUUGCCGUCCUUGGAGGGGUCAGCAAUUCCCUUGUCCAGAGACAAUGGGCCUUUUGUGCCACAAUCCCAGGAUAAAGAUCAGUUUAAUCCUCAGAUCCAAUGCUUAGACCAAACAGAGUCCCAGGCGACAAACCAGCCAUUUUCUUCUGGAAUGAAUAUGAGGAAGAAAAAGAUGGAAGAUAUCGAUUUAUUUAUUCAUUGCGGGACGCUCGAGAAUAUCUCACUCAUAUGGAGACGUCACCAUUGCCAGUGAAGGGUUGCGAAAUUUAGGACUAUGUUCAGCGCUUACGGCCAUUGAGCAGGGAAGGGUGUUUAAAUAUCGUGCCACACCUGCUGUGACACGAGGUCCAAGUUUUUGCGGUCUAAUCCGAAGGACCGCCCCUUUAGUCGCCUCUUACGACAAGCAAGAGGUACUGAGGAACUAUUCUAACCCGGAUCCCCAUAACUCCUAUAAGGAAUAUAAAAUGAACAGUUUGUCAAACACAGACGAUAACGAGCAGUGAUCAAUCUCAUAACUCCUAUAAGGAAUACAAAACACGGACCCUUGGACACACCAGAAGUGGGACAAGCCUCCUAGGAGAUGUAUCCCCUGUCGACCGAUCACACUUGCUGUGAACCCUAUACUUGUAAACGGAGUGUACCAACAACGUAUGAAAUAUGUCAGACAGCAUUUAACCCAAUGGCAGGUAGUAUUGGCUAACUAGGUCGUUAUAACGACUAUAUAAUUUGUAAAAUGCUGACUAAUCUUUGACAACAUGUAUAUAUCAGUGAGUAUUUUGUAAAACUAA